CUAGGUGGGAGUGGAGAGAGACAGAAGCCGGAGAGCUAAGGAGCAUUUUAAUAGCUGAAAGUAUGUCUCAAACAGACACAAACAACGAUUCAGACACAAGCCUCCAGGUUUGUGACUGUGGCUGGUCCAAAGUUACAACCUAUAAUGAACUGAAAAUACACCAAACGGAGACGGGAUGCAAGCCAAAGGGUGUGAAGGUUGAUGAGAGUAAACAGGACCUAAAGCUGGAUGUCUACACCCCUUUAAAUACUGAUAUGGCCUCUGCUAGACCAUCACCCAGCAAGACUGUCUCAAUGGAGACACAUCUGAAAUGCUCCAUCUGCAUGAGUCUGUUUGUGGAUCCUGUCACUACAGCUUGUGGCCACUCCUUUUGUAAGGAAUGUUUGGACCGUAACUGCGAGUACAAUGACAGGUUGUGCCCCCUAUGCAAGCAGAUUCUGAGGAGAACCCCAGAGGUGAACAUCGUCCUGAGAAGCAUUGCCGAACAGGUGAAAAAGACCCAGGAGGAAGACGCUAAGUACGCUCUGGCGCCUGGUGAAGUGGCCUGUGACAUUUGCACAGAGCGGAAGCUGAAGGCUAAGAAGUCCUGCCGUGCGCCCGUUUGUCAAUUGCCUGGGGAUAAAGUGGAUGAGCUGGGCAUGUCUGUGAAGUAGAUCGUCAGAGAGGAGGUUGUUCCUAUUGAAGACGAAUGGGUCAAAAAGAAGGCAACGCUUAAAAACACAAAGAUAGAGUUACAGGAGAAAAUUGUGAAGAGAAAAUCAUGGGUGGAUGAGACUAAUGCAUCUCUUCAGAGCUGCAAGGACCAGCUGGAGAAUGAGUGGUGGGAUAUUGAGAAUGUGUUCACAGCUGUGAUUGCCAUUGUGGAGGAAGCCCAUGCGGCAGCUCAUAAGCCAGUACAGGACAGGAGGGAGGUGGUGGAGAAAGAGGCAAAAGACAUCCAACUGAAGUUGGAAGCUGAGAUCAACAGGCUUGAGAAGACCAUCUCUGAGCUGGACAAUAUAGCUGCGCUUGACGAUCACAUCCUUUUUCUUCAGAGUUACCCAUCUCUUCAAGACCCCAACAACCUCAAAGACUCGACGGAGGUAGAGCUCGACACAUCGCUGUCUUUCGGCACCAUGAGAAAAACCACAACAACCAUGUUGGAACAAAUUCAACAGAAACUGGAGAAUCUGACCUCCAUUGAGCUUCAGAGAGUUCCAAAGUUUACAGUGGACGUAAAGCUAGAUCCAACCACGGCGCACCGACGCCUCAUUCUUUCUGAUGAUGGGAAAGAAGUGAAAGAUGAAGGGGAGGACCAAGAAGUAGAUGAUGCUCCGGAGAGGUAUGAUCUGUUUGCCAGCAUCCUGGGGCUCAACAGGUUGAUCUCUGGGAAGUCGUACUGGGAGGUGGAGGUCAGCAACAAGACGGGCUGGGACCUGGGUGUGGCAAGAGGCGACGCAAACCGCAAGGGGAAACUCUCCCUGAACCCAGAGAACGGUUACUGGGUUACCGUACAUUAUGAAGAUGAUAAGUACGCAGCCCUGACAGCACCGCCAGUUCGUCUUUCCCUGAAAGACAAACCUAAGAAAGUUGGGGUGUUCGUGGACUACGAGGAAGGUCUCGUGUCCUUCUACGAUGUGACGGCUCAAUCUCACAUCUACUCCUUUACCCAGUGUUCCUUCAGUGACGAGGUCUUCCCAUAUUUCAGUCCACAUGUAAAACAAGAUGAGAAAAACACUGAUCCUUUGAUUAUUUGUGUUGUGAAAGAUUGUGAUUAGGUCAUGGAAAUGUUGUGAAGACUGUGUGGGUUUGGCCCAAUCAAAAACGUUGUUUCGUACAAUAUGGAGGGGGAAUUUGUGGUGAAUCCUGCUCUUUGGGGCUAAAUGGAUGGGGAAUAAAUAAUUAAAGGUGCCGUAGGUAGGAUUGCGAAGAUCCAGGACUUAGCCAAAACAUUUGAACAUCAACAACUUCUCAGUCCCUCCCCCCUUUCCGCUAAA